AUUGUAUUAAUGUAAAGUGUAGACAACACGAAAUUACUGGUCGCUGCACAAGUGUUACAUUAUUUUAAUAUUAUCUAAAAUAUAUAAUCAGCUCCACCAUUGUAAAGAGUGUCUGUUAUUAGAACAUUAAUUCACGAUGUUGAGUGAAAAAGUUGUUUUGUUCGUUUUCAUCGGCGUUUUUCAUACAACUGAGCAGGCUUCAGUGAAAGUUUCUGUGUUCUAUGAAACACUAUGUCCUGAUAGUAGAGAUUUCAUUCUCGAACAGUUUUAUCCCUCAUACAAAAAUAUCGGUAGAAAAUUUAUUGAUAUAGAUUUUGUUCCAUAUGGACAUGCGACAGAGUGGAAAGAAAACGGUACUUGGAAAUUCACCUGUCAACAUGGUCCCAAGGAAUGUUUCGGCAACUUGUACCACUCAUGCGCAUUAGCUUUGAAUUCAGAUAAAGAUGCCACCACAAAUUUCGUUAAUUGUUCGAUGGGUGGGGAUCCUAGUUCUGUAAAAUCUCUAGAAGAGUGCAGCAAAAACGCGGGUAUAUCGUGGGAGGAUUUAAAUAAUUGUUACAAAGAUACCGAGAAGUCUUCUGAAUAUUUACACGAAAAUGGGGAAAAAACAAGGGCUGUAGAAAAUACGAAAUUCAUCCCAACUAUCGUACUGAACGAUAAAUUCGACGAAAAUAAUCAAAAGAUGGCGCUGAACGACUUCGCAAAACUGAUUUGCGAUAGUUUAAACAACGAACCCGAAAUAUGCCAGAAGCAACAAAUACAAGCUGAAAUGAUUUGAAAAAAUUAUCAAAUAUACAACAAUUUCUGAUAAAA